AUGGAGUCGAAUCAAGCCAAGCCGAGCCUUCUGGCCUCUGAAUCUGACUCCCAGCGAACGCUGUCUCCGUACGUCACUGGUACGUCCGUGGUGGCUUUGAAGUAUAAGGACGGGAUUUUGAUGGCUGCUGACAUGGGAGGUUCAUAUGGGUCCACGUUGCGAUACAAGAGUAUGAGUCGAAUGACUCCAGUUGGGAAGCACUCUCUGUUGGGUGCUAGUGGGGAAAUCAGUGAUUUCCAGGAGAUUUGCAAGUAUCUUGAUGAGCUGAUCUUACAUGAUAGCAUGUGGGAUGAUGGGAACUCCUUGGGGCCCAAAGAGGUGCACAACUAUCUGACUAGAGUGAUGUACAAUAGGCGUAACAAAUUUGAUCCCUUUUGGAACUCGCUUGUUCUUGGUGGCGUGAAAAAGGGAGAGAAGUAUCUCGGCAUGGUAAGCAUGAUUGGUCUCAGUUUUGUGGAUGAUCAUGUUGCAACUGGAUUUGGAAACCACCUUGCUCGACCAAUUCUCCGUGAUGAGUGGCGUGAAGACUUGAGCUUUGAAGAUGGUGUUAAGUUGCUGGAGAAGUGUAUGCGUGUGCUCUUGUACCGUGAUAGAUCUGCUGUGAACAAGCUUCAGAUAGCAAAAAUUACCGAGGAAGGUGUCACCAUUUCGCAGCCUUACUCUCUGAAGACCUUCUGGGGAUUCACAGCAUUCAACAAUCCCACUGCUGCCGAUCUCCGUCUCUUAACAAUCUUGCCUGAAAAUCGUGUUCUGCAGCAGCGAUCGCCGCCGCCGCCAUUCCACGGGAAGCGCCAGCAAGUUAUGGCUAACCUGAAUCGCUCUAUUACUUUAUGUUCCCUUCUGCUUCUACUCCUCAUCUCGCCGACGAAACCCGAAGUUAUUACCCUAACCCCUGAGACCUUCUCCGACAAGGUGAAGGAGAAAGACACUGCAUGGUUUGUCAAGUUUUGUGUUCCUUGGUGCAAGCACUGUAAGAAUCUGGGCUCCCUAUGGGAAGACUUAGGGACAGCAAUGGAAGGCCAAGAUGAGAUAGAGGUUGGUGAAGUUGAUUGUGGUGCCAGCAAAUCAGUGUGCUCGAAAGUGGACAUCCACUCAUACCCCACGUUUAAGGUCUUUUAUGAAGGAGAAGAAGUUGCUAAAUAUCAAGGGAAAAGGGAUGUAGAUUCGCUUAAGGCGUUUGUUUUGGAAGAAGCUGAGAAGGCUGCAGCCGAAAAAGAGAAUGACAAUGACAUUGACAAAGAGUUGUAA